UCCGGGGAGACCAGAUAUAGUGAAUGCAGGGUCCGGGGAGACCAGAUAUAGUGAAUGCGGUGUCCAGGGAGAUCAGAUAUAGUGAAUGCAGGGUCCGGGGAGACCAGAUAUAGUGAAUGCAGGGUCCGGGGAGACAGGAUAUAAGGAAUGCAGGGUCCGGGGAGACCAGAUAUAGUGGAUGCAGGGUCCGGGGAGACCAGAUAUAGUGAAUGCAGGGUCUGGGGGGACCGGAUAUAGUGAAUGCAGGGUCCGGGGAGAACGGAUAUAGUGAAUGCAGGGGUCCGGGGAGACCGGAUAUAGUGAAUGCAGGGUCCGGGGAGACCAGAUAUAGUGAAUGCAGGGUCCGGGGAGACCAGAUAUAGUGAAUGCA